UAAAAAUCUACCAAUACAUACUUCCCACUUCUGCUGAAGCAAACUACAGGGGCAGCAGUACGAGCGCCUAAGCGCACUGUUAUCUAAUAUGGCGGACCUGGAGACAACCUCCCGCGAGACUAAUGCCGCGCAAUUUAUCGAAUAUAUCGCGCCUCGCCGCAACUUAUAUCCUUUCAUUGAUCCCACCAAAGCUGAUUUAGCUGGGAAAUCUGUUUUCAUCGCCGGCGCCUCAAAGGGCAUUGGAAAGGCCACUGCCAUAGCCUUCGCAACUGCUGGCUGCUCUCGGAUUGCAAUUGCAGCGCGUUCUGGACUAGACGAAGUUACAAAGGCAAUUAAGGGUGCUGCGGCUAAAGAAGGCCGACCAGAGCCUUUUGUACUAAGCUUGUCAGUGGACGUAACAUCGGAAGAAUCAGUGCAAGCUGCAGCUGAAACCGUCGCUGAAAAGUUUUCUGGGAGUCUCGAUGUUCUAAUCUGCAAUGCUGGCUAUUUGGAAGAGUGGUUUCCAAUCGCGGAGUCACGGCCUAACGACUGGUGGAGAUCAUGGGAAGUUAACGUCAAGGGCACAUAUCUAUGCCAUCGGUUCUUCAUCCCACUUUUGCUCAAGUCACAGACAAAGACAAUAAUAAAUUGCAGCAGCAUUGGUGGCCAUAGAAUCAUGCAGGGUGCUUCAAGCUACCAGACCGCCAAGUUUGCGCUCGCCAGAUUUACCGAAUUUGCAGAUAUGGAGUACUACCAGCAGGGAUUGAUUGCUAUCAACGUACACCCUGGAAGUGUUCCCACAGAAUUGGCGCUUAACAUGCCUGAAUAUAUGCACAAAGCACUGAUUGAUCCACCAGAGCUAGCAGCUCAUACGUUUGUCUGGCUAAUAAAAGAGAGACGUGCGUGGCUGUCUGGUCGGUUCAUCAGUGUAUGCUGGGAUAUGGAGGAGCUCGAGAGAAAGAAAGACGAGAUUCUACAGAAGAAUGCACUCAAAUUUCGUAUAGUGCUAUAACAGAGAAAACCGGUUGAUGGGUUAGAAGAAGACAGAUUUGGGAAAGUCAUUUGGCGAUAGAUAUACAAAUAUACUAAGACUUGCU